AAACGUAGCCAACUUCACUAUGACGCCAGUUACGUUUUUUGUUCACAGGAGAGGAUCUUUGCAAUUUUGGCAAUUUUCAUAGUUUUAUCAGUUCUAGUUCUGUGGUAAAUUUAAAGAUAAAGUGCUAGAAAGAAAGUGUUUAAAGGAAAGUUGUGACAUUUUUGAAGUUCAGUGUUUUGUAUCCUUUUAAAUUUUAUUUUGUAUUGUGUGAAAAUGAGAGUGAAUCUGUACGAAGGUCUCCAAUCAGGAAGGGUCGCCAUUAACACCCUUAUUCAUGAUCUUACGAAUGUGUACAAUAAGAAGAAUGCGGAGAGUAUCUCGUGCUUCCUGGAAUUAUUUGUAAGAUGCCUUGGAACGGAAUACGAAGUACCAAUUGAAAGGGUUAAUCAAUCCAUUGAUGAUGGCAAAUUCGUUGAGUGCAUUAAUGAAAUUUUGCAAUUAAUCGUGGACUAUGACGAUGAGAAGUUCAUCUUUAGUGACAAUGAUACUCUGAAGAAAAUCAACAAUUUCAUAAAAGAAUUCUGCAGUGUAAAAAAUCCAAUGAUCAGAGAUGAGAAAUGGAUGAAAGUCCUUUCAGAGUGCCUCCUGACCCUGACCAAAUUCUCCACAGAAUUGACAAAUUCCGUUGGUAUUUACUUCUCUCUCAAAAUUGCCCAUGAUUUGGAAAUGCUACGAGUUGUGAUCAAUGAAAGUACAGUACCCGAUGCCCAUGCAGCUGGGAUUUCGCCUGAAGAAAUCCAUGUGAAGAAACUAAUUGGGAUGUUUUUGGAAAAUGUGGCUCUUGAUCUGACGAUCUCUCGAUCAUGUUUUGAUCACAUGCCCGGUCUUAUGUGUGCCAUCAUUCGCUCAUCAAACACCAUUUACAUCCUUGAAAACUGCCAAUUGAACCAACUGUUGGCCAUGAUUCUCGUCAAGCACAAGGGCAAUAAAGAAAUCCUCGGUCUAAUCGAUGAUAUUCUCAAAAAUGGCAAAAACGCCGUGAAACUUCGGGUUGUGGAAAUCCUGGCUAAUUGUACAGACACACUUUUCAGUCUAAUGCAUGUGGACACUGUUGUCACUCAAAUUGCAGCUCUCAAAGUUAUCCUGGCUGCUCAGAGAAUUCUUGGGAAGGCAAGUUUCUUGCUGCCCAAUCAAAAUCUUAUUGUGUACAACAUGAUGUGUUCCACGAAUAACAAUAUGCGCGAAGUGGCAAAGAAAUUUUUCCUGCUUACCUAUUCCAAUCCCAAUACGAUGAGAGAUGAACAGGAACAAACGAUGCUGAAAGCUCUUAUGAAAUUAUUCACCACGUACGAGGACGCGCUGCAGCAUUUGGACACCAUUAUAAAGCUUCUUUGGAGAUACUUCCCCGAUAUUACUCAAUUCAUUGAUGAGGUGUGUCGUACAGAGGAUCCUGUAGCCUUCAAGGUUAUAUAUUUUUAUAUGAGAAAGAUUAUGGAACCGGAUGUUGAGGAUGCAUUUAGGCGUGAAAUUAUUGAAACAUAUCUCCGUCGAUUUGAUUAUACGUCGGCUGCCUGUGGGCAAAAUCAACUGAUUUAUGUUGUUAUCACAGACACACUCUACUGCAUUGACUUGAAAACGUUCGUGACUCGUAAUCAUGAUGCUAUUAUGAGAAAUAUUACGGAUUUUAUCAUGGGCAGACUUGCGGAGAUUGAGUUUAUACCAACGCUUUACCACGUCAAUAUACUUCUGCGUGACAUCUCUAAAUUCUGUGAUUAUGCCAAUGGAAAGAUUAAAGGAAUGCUUAAAAAUUUGACACAGAGAUUCAAUGCGAAGAAUGAUGAAACAAUUGCUGUCCAAUUCAGUUCAGCGCUGUACAUUCACAAUGUUGUGGAAUUUUUUCCACAGAAAAAGUGGCUGAAGCUGCUUGAGACAACAAAGAGCUUACUUGAAGAUGUUCAUGUGCAUUCAUCAAAUAAUAUUCAACACAUUCUGGUGAUUUAUGCGGAAUUGCUGAGUGCCAAAUGGAUAAUCGAUGAUCUCAAUCUGUCUCAACAAGUGGAGGAUAUAAUGGCAUUUAUAAAUCAGCAUAUCAUUCCCUUUAUGACUUUCAACUACCAGAAUGAUAGGGUAUUCAAUCUACAAGUGAUGCAGGCUUUUUCGCUGGUUAUCACGAAUUUCGUGAAGAGUUGUCCACCAAAUGGAUAUGAUGCAUGGGACAGACUGCAGAUAACUCUGUACAAAUAUGCUCAGCAAGUGCUGUUUUCAACUGAUCCACUUUUUGAUGCAUCCACAGAUGCAGAAAUCUACCCUAUCAACAAGAUAACUAUCAAUGCAUUGAUUUUCGUCUUGGAAUGCGUUCCUGAUCUUGAACAUCCCAUCAAUAUCUCUUUUGCCAAGUUUAUCUUUCUAAUGAGUAAAGCCGUUAUCUAUGGAGACAUGCUGCAUCGACUUUUGAUAAUAAUUUUCAAGUAUCCAGUACAAGCAGUAAAGUUACUCGGAGCUGUUUGUCACAGUUUCACAUUCUAUCCAGACGAGAAAAUCUUCCGGUCAUUUCUUCAAAUGGUUGACGAGGUGAUCACCACCGAAGAGGAAAAUGAAACCAAGAGGAAUAUCUAUCGUCAAAGAAUUGUCACGAAUUACAUUGAGAGUGUGGGAAGGUAUAUAAGGCAUGUGAGGGAAAGUAAAGUCUAUGAGGAAUCACCUGAAGUACAAGAUUCAAAUCGACUAUGUGUACUGAGGUACAUUAAGGAUUUGCUGAAACAAUGUACACCGGAUGAGCUUAAGGAUGUUAUCAAGUGUCAGAAGGACUUUAUCAAUCCGGAAUAUUUGAAUGCCAGAGAGAAGGAUUCCCUGAAGGACUUUGUCAAGGCCAUUUCUUAAAGGAAAAACAAAAAACAAAGGAAACAAAAAAGGUAUUUGAUGACUUUUCUAGGACUAAUUUUAGUCUGAAUUAAAUCCAAUUUCUUCGUCAAA